UUCUGUGUUACUGCUUUUGCUGAGACAGUGAUACCUGAUGACUCUAAAGAUAAAUAUCAGGUAGCCUACAAGAAGUUCACGGAUUGGCAAAAAGAAAAAAACUAUGAAGAGAUUAAUGAAGAAGUACUUCGGGCAUAUUUUGAUGAAUUUUUAAAAAAGUGCCAAAUCCCGACGGUGUGGAAGCAAUAUUCUAUCCUAUGCACAGCGCUGAAUACUUAUAAAGGAAUGAAUAUAAUCAAUUAUAUGGGUUUAAAGAAAUUUUUAACGGAAAAAUAUCAACGCUAUAAAAUAUCAAGGGUACCAAAUCCAAAAUGCAAGGUAUUCACUUCAGAUGAAAUAAACAAGUUUAUUAAAGAAGCACCCGACUCCGAUUAUCUCCUUGCAAAGGUAAUCUUGAUAGUGAGUGUUAUGUGUGAUUGCCCUAAAGAACAACUAUAUAAUAUGAGAAUCCAGUAUUUUAAAGACAUGGGAUCUUCAAUUUCGGUUGAAAUCCCGAGCCAAAAAAAAGGAUCUCCUCAAAUUUUUACGAUGGGUGGUCAGUUCUAUGAGAUUUUGAAAAAGUACAUUUACCUUCGACCAAAAAACGUCUGCCACUCUGCAUUUUUUCUAUGUUAUGGAAAAGGAAAAUGCCUUAAUAGAAAGGUAGGAAUUGAUAAAUUUGGUAGCAUGGGAAAAUAUAUAGCUACCUGGUUAAAUCUGGAAAAUCCGGAACUGUAUACCGGUUUUUCGUUCAGAAAAUUGGCUAAGUCAGCUUCUACAAUAAAAAUUUUACAGAAAAAGAAAAUUGUAUAGAAUAAUAGUAUUUUGAAGAGUUUCAAAACAUAAUAUAAGUUUAUAGAGAUUAUGUUAGGUUAGGUUAUGUUA